CAGGGCUUGGAGCGGCGGCGCCGGUUCCCUCCGGCUCAACGACGGAAUGAGCGAUGGGGGGCGAUACCACAGUCUCCACCGCAGGCGGCCUGCGUGAGGCCUGACAAACGAUCGGCUCGGUUUUAUAGUAAAUACCGGAUUUAUCGCGAAUUACGGGAGGUCAGGAUUUACGGAGGCAUUUUUUGCUGUUUGGCAGAAUUUUGCUUAAAUCCUGCAUACAUUCUGCUUAAAACCGGCUACCAAGCAGACCCCAGCGCCGUCAAGGUGCAUGCUUCUGCCACCCUGCCUAUGGAAGACAUGGAAAUAGAAAGGGUAGAAGGAGCGAUAGAAGAGGAAAGGGAAGUGGGCUGCAAGGGCGGACUUGAGGACGCGGAAGACACCGAUGGAGAGGUAGAUGAUGACGAAGACGAGGAAGAUUUCACGGUGCAAUUCGAAGGGGACCCACUCAGCUUUGUCCAGGAGGGAGACCAAGGAGGCACCGAGCUCUACCAACAUCUCGAGCGGCUCGAGUGCGAAAUCCGAGCCGAAAGGAAGCGCAAGGCCUCGCAACAGUGUGACGGGCUAGGAAAGAAACCUAAGAAAGAUGAGGUUCUGGGUGUUACCAUGGAAGAAAUUGAGGAGAUGAUGAACUUUGGAUUUCGUAAAAAAGCAAGAGCUGCCAAGAAAAGAGGGCGGAAGAAAGGAUCUCGAAAUAAACUCACGCCAGAACUUAGCAAUAAAAUUGGUGAUGCUACCCUCCACUAUGCAUCUGGAAAUUAUGCUGAGGCUAUAGCCAUAUUAGAAGCAGCUGUUCAACUUGCACCUAAUUUACCUGAUCCAUACCACCUACUUGGUCUUAUAUACGAUGCUAUGAAUGAUAGAAAAAAAGCUCUAAAUUUUCACAUGAUUGCUGCACAUUUAUCACCAAAAGAUGUAUCUCUUUGGAAGAAGCUUUUUACUUGGUCUAUUGAGGAGAAAAAUUUUGGUCAAGUUAGAUAUUGCCUUUCAAAGGCAAUAGCUGCAGACCCAAAGGAUGUUGGUCUUAGAUUUGAUCGUGCUUUUCUUUAUUUCGAGCUUGGGGAGUUUCAGAAAGCGGCAGACUCAUUUGAUCAGAUUAUAGGUCUUUAUCCUGCCAAUACUGAAGCACGAAAGAUGGCAUCUAAGAUGUAUCAAAAGUGCGGGCAGCUGGAAAAAGCAGUUGGCAUCUUAGAGGAUUAUAUUAAUGAUCAUCUUGUUGAAGCUGAUAUAAGUAUGUUUGACCAGCUGAUUUCCUUGCACAUGGAAAAUAGUUCAUAUAGCAGUGCUGUUCAGCUGAUUGAGAAGGCAAAAUUAGCCUUUGAUUCAGACAAAGAGUUGCCAUUUUGUUUGAAAGCUAGAAAGGCUGUUUGCCAUGCGCAUCUAGGAAACCUGGGAAUCGCUAAGGAUUUUCUUGAAGAUUUACGGAUGGGGAAUUUUGAAAACCACUAUGACUUGGUUAAUGAAGUUGCUGAUACAUUUCUAACUCUUGGUCAUUACCAGUAUGCUUUAAAACUGUACUUGAUACUUGGUGGGACAACUGGUAAUGAAAAAGCGGCGAUCAUUUAUCUAAAAAUUGGACAAUGCUACUCAUUGUUAAGUGAACGGAGCAAAGCAAUUCCGUUCUACUAUAAAGCUUUAGCUAAACAGGAAGAUGAUAUUGAUGCCCGUAUAACUCUGUCAACACUUCUUAUAGAUGAAGGAAUGGAAGAUGAAGCAAUCUCACUAUUGUCACCUUUAAAGUGCUCAAAUACGAUAGCUGAUGUUUCAUCUACACUCUCUGAACCAUGGUGGCAUAGUGAGAAAGUUAAGAUUCAACUUGCAAAGAUCUAUCAUUCCAAAGGGAGGCUUGAGGACUAUGUUGACGUAAUAUUUCCUUCUGUUCAUAAAACACUACUUAUUGAAUCCAUGAAUCAAAAGGUGAGAUCAAAGAAAAAACUCUCAAAGAGUGUCCUAUUUGAAAGAAUCAAGUUGUUGGAGGAUCGGCAGGAAGAUAAUGUAUUUCGCGGCUUCAGACCUGUUGCAACGUCAUCAGACCUCUAUGCAAAACUUUGGUAUCCUUGCAUCGUUAUUCAGAAGCACUAGAGAUUGUAAAUCUUGUAACGAGGUUCCCAAACGACAGAGUAUCUGCUGUGAAAAAGGAAGAGCUUCAAUCGUUGGGGGCCAAAAUAGCAUACGUUACUCCAGAUCCAAAGCAUGCAUAUGAUUAUGCGCGGAAUGUGGUGAAACAACAUCCUUACAGCAUUUUUGCUUGGAACUCAUAUUAUGAAGUUAUUUUAAGAUUUCAAAAUAAAUUUGGAAAACAUCUCAAGUUUUUGCAUCAAAUGAGAGUCAUGCACAAAGACUGUCUACCUCCAAUGAUUAUUAAUGGAAAUCAAUGUACCAUGCAAAGCAUGCACCAGGCUGCUGCUGAGGAAUAUCUUCUAGCUUACAAACUUCAGCCUGAGAAUCCACUAAUAAAUCUUUGUGUUGGCACUGCUUUGAUCAACCUUGCCCUUGGUUUUAGGGUUCAGAAUAAGCUUCAGUGUGUGGUCCAAGGUUUUGCUUUCCUCUACAACUAUCUACGUAUCUGUAAUAAUAAUCAGGAAGCCCUUUACAACAUUGCCAGAGCGUAUCAGCAUGUUGGCCUUGUAACAUUGGCAGCUCUGUAUUAUGAGAAGGUUCUUGCAAUUCAACAGAAAGACUACCCCAUUCCAAAGCUUCCUAAUCAAGAUCCAGGUGCUCCAGUGAGUGUUAAACCAGGCUAUUGUAAUCUUCACAUGGAGGCUGCAUUUAACUUACAUUUGAUUUACAAGAAAAGUGGGGCUGUAGAUCUGGCUAGAAAUAUUUUGAAGACUUAUUGUACUCCUUAAAUU